CUUCCCGUUCUUCAUCCCCAAAUCUCAUCUCAAUCUUCUUCAAUCUCUUCAAUCUCCCAAAUUCGACGCGAAACGAACCAGAUUUCGCCAAUGGGUCUCUCACCAUCUUCACCAUCACCCUCAAUUUCUAGGUCACACUACAACAUCCACAAGCUCUUCCUCCUCUGCAACUACAUCCUCCUCGGCGCCGCCUCCUCUUGCAUUUUCCUAACUCUAUCCCUCCGCCUCAUCCCCUCCGUAUGCGGCUUCUUCAUCAUCUUCCUCCACGCCUUCACAAUCGCCGGCGCUGUCUCCGGCUGCGCCAUGGCUUCCGCCGCUACCGGCCGCUGGUUCGGCGUCCAUAUGGUCUUCACCGUCCUGACCGCCAUAUUUCAAGGCUCUGUUGCGGUUCUGAUUUUCACCAGAACUAGUGAUUUCCUUGGGGAACUGAAAUCGUACGUCCGGGAGGAAGAUGGGUCGGUGAUUUUGAAAUUGGGCGGCGGAUUGAGCUGCUUGAUCUUCGGUUUGGAGUGGGUUGUGCUGGUUUUGGCGUUCUGUUUGAAGUAUUACUUUUAUGUUGAGGGAAAUGGAAGCGGUGAGAAGAGAAGCGCUAAGGUUCAACAGUUUGAAGAUUCGAAGUGGGCGGCGGCGCCAUUCCCAGUUUGAAGAUUCUUCUUUCUGGAUGAAUUUUGGUUUUGGUUUGUGGUUCUUGAUGAUGAUUCAAAUUCAUUCAUAUUUGAUUGGUUUCUUUGUGUUUGUGUUUGAUCGUGAUUAUAUAUUUGUAUUGUAUGUGUUUGUGAGUUCAAUUAAGCUUGGAAUUAUGGCUUCAAUUU